AUGUUAAGCGUUGCCCGUGUUAUUCCAUUAGGGGGAAGAAUUGCCCUUACAACUCAAAGGGUUAUCCCCAAGAGAUUUAUAGCUUCCCAAUUGCAUACCCCAAAAGUACCUGUCGAGUUGACCAAUGAGACGGUAAAGAAUUUCUCCUAUGACGAACAAAAGGAUUGGGAUUUGCUUAGAGUAGCCCUUACAAAAUAUACCGAUAAUGGAGCUCUUGAUAUCCCCUUAAUUAUUGAUGGUAAGAAGGUUUAUAAAGAGAAUACUCUUCCUCAAGUGAACCCUGCAAAGCAUUCUCAAGUGUUGGCUCAAGUAUCACAAGCCAGUGAAGAAGAUGUAUUGUCAGCCAUCAAUUCUGCCAAGAGAGCCAAAUCGGAAUGGCUUCGUACUCCAUGGACUGAUAGAGCAGCUAUCUUCUUGAAGGCAGCGGAUUUGAUCUCUACUAAAUAUCGAUAUGAUAUGUUGGCAGCCACUAUGUUGGGACAAGGUAAAAAUGUUUAUCAAGCGGAAAUCGAUUCUAUUGCUGAAUUAUGUGAUUUCUUUAGAUUUAAUGUCAAAUAUGCUGAAGAAAUGUAUGGUGUUCAACCAAUCAAAUCUUCCCCGGGUGUUUGGAAUAGAGCUGAAUAUAGACCUUUAGAAGGGUUUGUUUAUGCUGUUACUCCCUUCAACUUUACUGCCAUUGCUGCUAAUCUUGUUGGUGCACCAGCUUUGGUUGGUAAUACUGUUGUUUGGAAACCAUCUGCUACUGCUGCUUUAUCCAAUUAUAUUUUAAUGAACAUUUUGGAAGAAGCUGGUUUACCUAAAGGGGUUAUCAACUUCAUUCCUGGUGAACCAAAUAUGGUAACUGAUAAUGUUUUGGAGGAUCCUGAAUUUUCUGCAUUACAUUUUACUGGCUCUACUCAAGUCUUCAAGAGUUUAUACGGUAAGAUCAAUAGUAAUGUUGCUGCUGAUAAAUAUAGAGAUUUCCCAAGAAUCGUUGGUGAAACUGGUGGUAAAAAUUUCCAUUUAAUUCACCCAUCUGCUUCUAUUGAUCAUUCUGUGUUAUCCACUUUAAGAGGUGCUUUUGAAUAUCAAGGUCAAAAAUGUUCCGCUACUUCAAGAUUAUAUGUUCCCAAUUCUAUUUGGUCAGAAUUUAAAGAGAAACUUAUUGCUGGAGUUGAAACUAUAACUAUCGGUAAUACUUCUGAUUCUUCCACCAUUCAUGAAUUUAUGGGACCAGUUAUUCAUGAACAAUCCUUCAACAAGUUAUCACUGGCAAUUGAUGAAGCUAAACAAGAUUCCGAAUUGGAAAUCAUUGCUGGAGGUGAAUAUGAUAAGACCAAUGGAUAUUAUGUCCAACCUACCAUUGUUCAAGCCAAAUCCAAAGACCAUCCAUUUUUAAAGAAUGAAUUCUUCGGGCCUUUAUUGACUGUUUAUGUGUACCCAGAUAAUGAGUUUGUUCCUAUUUUGAAUGCCAUUGAUUCUACAACCAAAUAUGGAUUAACUGGAUCUGUGUUUGCUAGAGAUAGAAGUGCAGUUAGAGUGGCUGAAGAAGCAUUGAGAUAUUCUGCCGGUAACUUUUAUAUUAAUGAUAAAUGUACUGGUGCUGUUGUUGGACAACAAUGGUUUGGAGGUGCUAGAGCUUCUGGUACCAAUGAUAAAGCUGGUAGUGGGAAUAUCUUGAGCAGAUUUGUUUCUGUUAGAAACAUCAAGGAAAACUUUUAUGAAUUAACUGAUUAUAAGUAUCCUUCCAACUACAGUUAA